CCCUUUAAAAAAAUAUUCAAUUUUAUACCUAUUUGUAUUUUUCUUUUUGCGGUCAAGAUACAAAAAACCGAUCCAUUUCAAAUCAAGCUGUUUUUUGUUUAUUGGGAAUUCCCGUGGUUCAAGAGAUUUACGUCAAGCAAAAAGAAUCGCAAAUUUUUUUUACGUAUAGUCAGUUCUGGUUCUUUUAGGUGUGGAGAACUGAAAAAAAAUCUCGGUUUGUAUCAAGAAUUUUGCAUAAUCCAUAUAUUAAAAGCUACCAAAAAUUCCGGUUCGGAGUAACAUUUUAGAUGGUGUGUUUAUUAAGGUAGUGUUUAUACAAAAAUUCACAUUCAGUGUUUUACGAUGUUUCUCGUGCUUUUGGUGUUCAUUGAAGUAAAAAAAAAAUACAAGAGCGAAUCUUCUAUAUAAUAUAUCUGCUACUUUUUUUGUAUAUCCACCCUAUGUGUGUAGUACGUUCUAUACGUGUGUGGUGGAGAUAAAACGGAAACGGAAGGACUCUGUGAUGAUUUUUUAAAACAAAUUAAAUUCUAUACUCUCCCUCCAAACUGCACUGAUCUUUUCUACAAUAUCGCACACAAGUACUCCGCUGGCUCUUAGCUCCGUGUCUAUUGAUUUUUGCUGAAUGAACUCUGGGGCUAUUAUAUAAUCGUGUUUUUUAAACCACUCUGACUUUACAACAAAAACUUCGAUUUUGUAUCGGUGGUGUGUAAAUGUGCAAGUUGAUUCCCAAUGUGGAUCAUGUGGUUCAAUUGAGUGUUGAGAAAAUUUUGGCCUUGUCUAUUUCAAUGUCAAUUAAUUAAAUACUUAUAUACAUAUGGUCAUGUAUAUAGUUUUUUUUGCACUAUGUGCAAGGGCUCUCAUUCUCUGCGUGGAAAUCCGGUGUAUGCGAAUGAAUUAAUCUGAGUAUAGGGCAUUGAAGGGUUUCCCGAAAUUUAAUCUGUCUCGAACUUUUUUCCCCUUGAUUUAUUGGAGAACUGCAAAAAAGGGGCUUUCUUCUCAAGGGUGGACAUUUUUUUUUCAUCCCUUUUUCGUGCUUGUGGUUCUCUCAAAGUGACGACGCCAAUGGAAUCGCGCCGUGACGCAGUGUGACGUCAUUUCAGGCGCAGAACAGCCGUUCAAUAUGGCACACCAUGUUAUCUCUGUCUCGCGCGGUAAAAAGCUCGCAUGUGAGGAGGAAAGCUUUACUUGCGGGUGGCUAAAGUUCCAUAUAGCUUUAGAGCUAAUAUGUGUGGGGGAAGGUUGUGGGAAAGAGAUGAUUGUGGAGCAUAAUGGUGGCUCUUUGGGGUCAUUUUGAUCCCAAAAUGGGAAUGGGAUGACAAAAAUUUAGCACCCACACUCAUUUGCCGCCCCUGAGUAACUAUUUGGCAUUUUUCCUUGGUUUCCUUAUCAAUUCAUCCCAGAUAGUGUUGGGGAGAGGAAGUGGAGACGAUUUAAUACACGUAGAAUUUUUUUUUGUUCUUCUUUCUGCCUUCGCAUGCGAAGAGAUCCAACAAGUACCAAUACACCAAGAAGUUGAUACGAUUGGGGCACGAAUGGUGUUUUUCGGUUGAAUGUGUUGGCAUACGAAUACAGAUGAAUACGAUGAGAUUGUGCUCCCCAAUGUGGGGUUUGCUGGUGCGACAGUGGAAAAAUUGAAGUCAGUCGAGCGCCGAUCCUGCAACAUUCAAGUCGCGCGGCGUUUUUCAAUAUAAAUCAGUUCGGUUCAUCUCUCGGUAGGUGGUACAGAGAGAGAGGAAUAGGGUUGAGCCCAGCUGGAUACCUUAGGAGGAGAGAGGUGGAGUUCUGAACCCUCGCUGUAAAAAAAAAUAAGGGAGGACGUGUAGGGGACACAAGUUAAUCUUGUGAGAAAAAAAAUUGAAAAGAAAAUCAUAUUAAGGAUUGCCAAAUCCUUAAUUGGGUCGGUAGUGUACCUUUCUGGAAGGUUCUCUCUUCAAGAACCUAUCCCACUUUUGUUCAUCGAGUGACAACGGAAUAUUUUGCGCCCAAAGUGUCCGCAGAUAGAAGGAGAAAAGAAUAAAGCUGAAAAUUCCUAGUGAAAAAUCGUAUGAAAAUUCUCAUUAAUAUGAUAUUAUAGUGUGAAGUUAAUUCGAAAAAUUGUGUAACACAGUUGGUGAAGAAUUUCUCAUCUUCCCCAUUUUCAUUCAACGCAGGAGUAAAGUGUUUGAGUGAUCCCAACUGAAUCCCGUGGAUUAGUUUUGUGGCAAUAAAAGGAAGUUAUUCAGUGGGAGUAGCAGUCUCCUACUCUCAGUCGAUUGUUACCCAAGGACCCCAGUUAAUCUAUCAAAUUCUCGGCGCAAAAUGGCGAAAGCAAAGAAGGCGAAAGGAGAUAAUUUGGAUGAUCUUAAACAAGAAUUAGAUAUCGAUUAUCACAAAAUCUCUCCGGAAGAACUUUAUCAGAGAUUUCAAACACAUCCAGAAAAUGGUCUCAGCCAUGCUAAGGCAAAGGAGAAUUUGGAGCGUGAUGGACCGAAUGCGUUAACACCGCCGAAACAAACACCUGAAUGGGUGAAGUUCUGCAAGAAUUUAUUCGGUGGCUUCGCCCUUCUACUAUGGAUUGGUGCAAUUCUCUGCUUUAUCGCCUAUUCCAUUCAGGCCAGCACGAGCGAGGAGCCAUCCGAUGAUAAUCUCUAUCUCGGUAUUGUACUUGCCGCUGUAGUCAUAGUUACGGGCAUUUUCUCAUAUUAUCAGGAAUCAAAGAGUUCCAAAAUUAUGGAAUCAUUCAAGAACAUGGUGCCCCAGUUUGCUACAGUUAUCCGUGAAGGCGAAAAACUCACUCUACGUGCUGAAGAUUUAGUGCUUGGGGAUGUUGUUGAAGUGAAGUUUGGCGAUAGGAUACCCGCUGAUAUUCGCAUUAUUGAAGCAAGGAACUUUAAGGUGGACAACUCUUCCCUGACUGGUGAAUCUGAACCCCAAUCCCGAGGCCCCGAAUUUACGCAUGAGAAUCCACUUGAGACAAAGAAUUUGGCUUUCUUCUCCACCAAUGCUGUUGAGGGUACGGCUAAGGGUGUCGUUAUCAGCUGCGGUGAUCACACUGUAAUGGGACGUAUUGCUGGUUUGGCAUCGGGUCUGGAUACGGGUGAAACCCCAAUUGCCAAGGAAAUCCACCACUUUAUCCAACUUAUUACUGGCGUGGCUGUCUUCUUGGGCGUCACCUUCUUCGUUAUUGCCUUCAUCUUGGGCUACCACUGGUUGGAUGCUGUUAUCUUCCUCAUUGGUAUCAUUGUGGCCAAUGUGCCCGAAGGAUUGCUCGCCACUGUCACUGUAUGUCUUACACUAACAGCUAAGCGUAUGGCCUCGAAGAAUUGCCUCGUGAAGAAUCUGGAAGCUGUGGAAACUCUUGGGUCAACAUCCACAAUUUGCUCCGACAAGACGGGCACCCUAACGCAGAAUCGUAUGACUGUGGCUCACAUGUGGUUUGACAAUCAAAUCAUCGAGGCUGACACCACAGAGGAUCAGUCUGGUGUGCAGUAUGAUCGUACCAGCCCUGGAUUCAAGGCACUCUCACGCAUUGCGACCCUCUGCAAUCGGGCUGAGUUCAAGGGUGGUCAAGAUGGUGUUCCGAUUUUGAAGAAGGAAGUCAGUGGUGAUGCUUCGGAGGCUGCUCUGCUCAAGUGUAUGGAAUUGGCUCUUGGCGAUGUUAUGUCCAUCAGGAAGCGCAAUAAGAAGAUUGCUGAGAUCCCAUUCAAUUCCACCAACAAAUACCAGGUGUCUGUGCAUGAAACUGAAGAUUCCGGGGAUCCACGCUACCUGCUUGUGAUGAAGGGUGCCCCCGAGCGUAUUCUUGAACGUUGCUCAAGUAUUUUCAUCAAUGGAAAGGAGAAGGUGCUCGACGAGGAGAUGAAGGAGGCAUUCAAUAAUGCCUACCUGGAGCUGGGAGGAUUGGGUGAACGUGUGUUGGGAUUCUGUGACUUCCUCCUGCCAUCUGAUAAAUUCCCCACUGGAUUCAAGUUCAACACCGACGAUCCCAAUUUCCCACUCGACAAUCUGCGCUUCGUUGGACUCAUGUCCAUGAUUGAUCCUCCUCGUGCUGCUGUACCGGAUGCUGUGGCCAAAUGCCGUUCUGCUGGUAUCAAGGUUAUCAUGGUAACUGGUGAUCAUCCAAUUACCGCAAAAGCCAUCGCCAAAUCUGUGGGCAUUAUCUCCGAAGGCAAUGAAACCGUCGAGGAUAUUGCACAACGUCUCAAUAUCCCUGUUUCCGAGGUCAAUCCACGUGAAGCUAAGGCCGCUGUUGUGCACGGAUCUGAGCUUCGUGAAUUGUCAUCGGACCAACUCGACGAGAUCUUGCGCUAUCACACUGAAAUUGUGUUUGCCCGUACAUCGCCACAGCAGAAGCUGAUCAUUGUUGAGGGGUGCCAGCGUAUGGGUGCCAUUGUGGCGGUAACUGGUGAUGGUGUAAAUGAUUCUCCAGCUCUCAAGAAGGCCGACAUUGGCGUAGCCAUGGGUAUUGCUGGAUCUGAUGUGUCCAAACAGGCUGCUGACAUGAUCUUGUUGGAUGAUAAUUUCGCAUCAAUUGUCACUGGCGUGGAGGAGGGUCGUCUCAUUUUCGACAAUCUCAAGAAAUCUAUUGCAUACACCCUCACAUCAAACAUUCCCGAAAUCUCACCAUUCUUGGUAUUCAUCUUGUGCGAUGUUCCUCUGCCACUUGGAACUGUAACAAUUUUGUGCAUUGAUUUGGGAACUGAUAUGGUGCCGGCCAUUUCAUUAGCUUACGAAGCGCCCGAGAGUGACAUUAUGAAAAGGCAACCCAGAGAUCCGUACCGCGACAACUUGGUCAAUCGCAGGUUGAUCUCAAUGGCAUACGGCCAGAUUGGUAUGAUUCAGGCAGCUGCAGGAUUCUUUGUGUACUUUGUAAUUAUGGCUGAGAACGGAUUCCUACCGCAGAAGCUGUUUGGUAUCCGUAAAAUGUGGGACUCAAAGGCUGUCAAUGAUCUGACUGAUUCCUAUGGCCAAGAAUGGACCUAUCGCGAUCGCAAAACACUCGAAUUCACAUGCCAUACAGCUUUCUUCGUGUCCAUCGUGGUUGUGCAAUGGGCCGAUUUGAUUAUCUGCAAGACCCGCCGUAACUCCAUUGUGCACCAAGGAAUGCGCAAUUGGGCUCUCAACUUUGGCCUUGUGUUCGAGACAGCACUUGCGGCCUUCCUGUCAUACUGCCCGGGAAUGGACAAGGGUCUCCGAAUGUUCCCACUCAAAUUCGUGUGGUGGCUCCCAGCCCUGCCCUUCAUGUUGGCCAUCUUUAUUUACGAUGAGACGCGUCGAUUCUAUUUGCGUCGCAAUCCAGGCGGAUGGCUGGAGCAGGAAACUUACUACUAAAAAAAAAACAAAGUGGAAUGCAAAAAAAAUUUGCAAAUUGCUGCACAUUCGAAAAGAGAUGAAGCAAAAAAGCUAUUAGUGAGUAAAACAAAAAAAACGAUUACUUUCUCAUCUUUCUGUUUAUUUAAAAAAAAAAAAGAAAAGAAAAAAGAAACUUAAGAGAAUUGUGAAAAAGAAUGAUAAAAAAUACGACAAGACACAACAUCUCAGAAUGCUAUUUCACAACCUUUUGAUUUUCGGGGUAGCCUCAUUUUCAACCAACUAUACCAUAAUAGAAAGAUUUGAAUGGAAGUAAAAUAAACAAAAAAGAAUUAUCUUAUAUAGUGAGAAAAAAACAAGAAAACAAGCAAGAAGUGAAAAAUUAAACGUAGAAUAAAGUUAAAAAAAAAAAAUGAAAAAUUACAUUUAAGGCAGCAAAAUUUUUAAAUUUGUCAACAUUACAUUAUUUUUUCAUUUACUUUUACUUGAAGACAAUGGAGUGUGAGGUGUGCAAAAUGAUAAUAAAAAAAAAGAGAAUACACAAUAUACGGAAUGAGGAGCUAUAAUAGAGUUAAAGAAAAGAGAACUUGAUUUUCGUGCAAGAGGAUCAUCAAAUCAACCACCGUGAAAGAAAGAAUAUUUAAUUGUAAAUGAGGUAUGAUGGAAACAAAUAUUGGGUAAUAACUUUUUCUUUUGCAUGAAAUGCAAAAUGGAAAAGGGAAUUCUUUAAUGCAAUAGAAUGAAGGAAAUCAUUUAUUUUAUUAAUUAAUAAAUUAUUUAUUGAGAGCAUGAUAAAUUUACCCUGAAAUUGGAAGUAUCGCGCGAAGACAGGAUUAUCGAUUUUUUGAUAAAUUUUUCUUCUUUUCAUCCUCAUUAUUUUUUUGUAUUUUUUAAUAAUAUAUAGUUAUUUGUAAUUACAGAGAUGAAAUAUAUUCGGUCAAGAUUGAAAAAUAAAAUUUUUUUCUUUUCAUUUUCUCUCAUUCUUUUUGUGCCUGUUUUUUUGCAAUUGGUUUUCUUUUUUUUUUUUUUGAAAGUUAUUUUGAAAAUUAAAAAAAAAGAUUAAAUUUCAACUAUAUGCAGAGUUUAUCGAUUUCGGAUGCAGAAAAAAAAUCUCGCGAAAUAGGAUGAUGCUUUACAGACACAGGCACUCUAACUGGAAAAUGCAAAGCGGAAGAAUUAUUUAAAAAAAAAAGAAAAUUUUAAAAAAUAAAGUAAAAACAACAUUGAAAAAAAUCAUAAAGAUACAAAAACUGCCUGAUUGUUGUUGUUUAAUUCUUAACAUUAAUAUUUCAUUUUUUAUCGUAUCGUUAAGAUUGUAAAUUUUCUUCUUCUGUGUUUUAUUUUUAGUAUAAUAAAAAUUUGCGAUAGUAGACAUUUCUCAAAAAAAAAAUAAAUUCAACACGUAAGAAAGUGUGGGUAAAAGAAAAUUAAUUUAAUUUAAAAUACAUUAUACUUUUUUUUCGUUCAAAUCGGUGAGAAAGCUUAUAGGAAGUAAAUAUAUUAAAAAAAUAGUAGUAAAACUUUUAAUGAAUUAAACUGUGUUGUUGCUGACGAGAUAAAAAAAACCCACGGGAGGGCGAAAUAUAAAUUGAGAAAAUAAUGUCUUUUUAUUAGUAUUAGGUGAUGAGGAAAAUGACAAAGUACAUCAUACAAAUUGGCCUGAUUUCAAUGUGAAUUAGUCGUACGGAAAUUAAACGUACAUGCUGUUAAAAAUAAAUGUGAAAGAAAAUAUUUAGACCGUCACAAGAUGAUAUUUAGAAAUUGACGUCACUUUCGUUUCAGAAUUCUCCAUCGACACAUUUUUAAUUUUUAGAGAAAAAGAAGUGUUCAAUCUAGCGGUUGCUCAAGCAACCUAAGUUAUUAAGGUUUUACGCCGUUACCUUUUGGUUUGGAUCCCUUCAAAAAAUUUUCUUAUCUUUUUGAAAUUGAAAAAGAAAUCUAUUAAAAACAAUUUUUUCUACUUUUCUAAACGCUCUAAGCGUAAAAAUUGAAAACUUCUUUUAAAAAAAAAACUUCUAAGAAUAUUUCUUUCAACAUAUUUCACAUUAUGCUAAAUUAAAAGAAAAAUCUAUCGAUCCUAACCAAAAUGGUUCAUUGUAAUCCUAAUGGAGUCCUUUAUUUUUUCAAUUUUCUGAGAGGAGCGCGGCACACAGAAAAAAAACAACUAUCUAGUAUUAUAUUUAAAAAAUAUAUAUAUAGAACUUUUGAAAGAAACGAGAAGUAAUGAAUAUUAAUGACAUCAAGCCGGACUUUAAAAAAAAUUGAAUAAAUAUAAUUAUGUUACAAUUAAUUAUGUUUAAUCUUAUAUUAUAGUAAGUGAAAAAGAGGAAUUAAAUAGAACUGUAUUUUUUGUUUGCAAAAAAUUAUAGAUGAAAAAUAAUGAGAAAGAGAAUAAUAAUUAUUAAAAAAUGAUGAAAAAUAUAUAUAGAGAUGAGGACAAAAAAAAACAUUUUUAAAAUGGAGAAAAAAUCUAGUAGAUAUUAAAAUUAAUAAUUAUUAGAUUUAAAAAAUGAAAACACUGAUGAAAGAUAAAAAUUUUAAAAAAGAGAAACAAAAAAUUCUAUUAUUAUUACAUUAAAAAAAAAACAGAUGAAUUAAAUUUAAAUAAAAAAACAAGAGACAGGCUUACUGCCCAUAAAAAAACAUUUAAGAAAUAAAAAAACACGUGGCAUGUAAACGUUUUAAUGUGAAAUGGAUUUAAAAAAAAAGUAUGAAAAAGAGUAAAAAAAAUCACAUCCGUAGACGGCACAAGGUGUAAGAUGAGAAAAAUAAUAAAUAAAUUGUAUUUAGGCCUAGGACCUAAGCUAAAUAAUGAAAAGGUAAAAAAAAGAUGAAACCUAUAUAUACUGCUAUAUAAAUGAAAUAUUAAAUAAUUUAAUGAAAAGUAAUUAAUAAAUUUAAAGAAAAAAAUGAAAACCUGCGCUUCAGCCAUCUUUUAGACAAUUUUCACAUUGACAUGAAAGUGAAAGAGCAGAAAAUACCAUAAAGUCUUUCAACACGUUGAAGAUACACGUACACGCGUCAAAGUGUUAAAGCAAAAAGAAAAAAAGAUAAAACAUAAAAUGAACGUAUAGAUGCAAGUGAAGAGCGGAAAAUUUAUGCAAUUUUUUUUGUUUGUUUGCUUCAGAAAUUCACAAAAUCACACACACAACACAUACACGAUGAAUAUAGUUGUUUGACAUAUUUUCCUCGUCAGAAGAGAUAUUAAAAAAGAAAAAUUUAAAAAUAAAAAAAGAGUUAAAACCAUUUGCAGAGAAAAGAAAAAAAAGUGUUAAUUAGCUUUAUUUUAAAAGCUAGAGAAAUUCCAAAUGAGAUUUUAGAUGGUCUCAAGACAGAAUAAAAAGAAUUUUAUGGACAUGAAAAAACUCUUACAGAUCAAUAAAAGAUUUCAACAAGAUCAAA